GACGGCCAAUGUAACCAUGGAUUAUCCAUGUUUGAAUGGAGAUUCGGUUUUUCCUCUCGAUGGGAACCGUUGAGAACGUAUCGUCGUUUUCACACGGACCAAAGGCAUUCCCAGACAUGGCAACUUGCACGCGGAACGUGUGGAAAGUUUUAGCAGGAUGUCAGAGGCAGCUGCUGAGCGCCAGCGGUCCCUCUUACACGGGGGUCUCACACACCGCACAGAGGACUCUCCCUGUCAGGACAUUUGCAGCUGUCAGGGCACUAAAGAAAGACAAGAAAGAGGUCGCAGAGAAGGAGGUGAAGAAAGAAAAGAGGGUUAUCGAUGACACAAACAGACAUAAGCCUUAUGGCAAGACGUCGUGGGCACCUGUGGAUGAUGUGUACAUUAUGAGGUACUACCCCAGGACCAUCUACAAUGCAGCUGAUGCCGUCGACCUGCUGAAGAACUUCCAGGUGUUGGACUUCACUCCCCACAGCCAGCCUGUUUACAUCGAUCUGAAGCUAGACAUGAAACUGGAGAAAAAGAAAAAAGUCGACUCCUUUGUCAGCACCGUGCACUUACCUUACCCCUUCCGGACGGAGAUGAACAAAGUUUUAGUUUUCACUGAGGAUGCUAAUCAAGUUAAAGUUGCUCAGGAGAACGGAGCUGUGUUUGCUGGAGGGGAAGAGCUCAUACAGCCGAUCUUAGAUGACGAGAUCUCAGCAGACUUCUACGUAGCAGUUCCAGAUGUACUGCCGAAGCUUGUACCACUGAAAAACAAACUGAGGAAGAAGUUUCCAAAGAGCAAGAGAGGGUCAGUUGGCACGAAUAUUCCCAAGAUGUUGGAGUUGUUUCAAACCGGUCAUGAGUACAUGGUGGAGAGCGACUGCUACGUCAGGACCCAGAUAGCCAUGCUUGACAUGCCCAAAGACCACAUCUUAGCCAACCUGCAGACUAUCCUGAUUGAUGUUUGCUCCCACCGACCGGCCAAUAUGGGACCUUUCAUCGAGCGGGCGAUCAUCGCCAGUCACACCAGCGAAGCUCUGUGGUUCAGGAGUGAAGAUGUCUUACUGAAACCGGCAGAGACGAAGGAGGAAUGAGACGUGUUUCAGAUUGUAUAUAAAUUGAUGUGCUGAAUAAAAUAUUAGUUCUGAGUUUG